AAACCGAGCUGCCAUGUCACUGUACAUACCGAAAUUGUUUGGACAUAUUCUGUACUGCUAUGGGUAAAAGCGCUCCAGCUGUGACGACUACCAUUACUACUACUUCUUCUUCUUCACCAUUUUUUCUUCUUUACUUUCUUACUUUUGUUGACAUGGAUGGGAACGAUGUGGGGUCUAGAACAUUAACAUUGCUAGGUACUUGGAUUGGCUGUUUGCUUUACCUGAAACAGGAGAAGAGGUGGCGUUAUAUGACGGAUGGGAAAUGCCUCUUACUUGAGGCUACUUUUAUAUAAUUUCUUUUUUUCUUAAACUAUUAUGGAUGUGAAUACUAUACCAGUCACAAGCCACUGCACAUAUUAU